AGGGCGAGAGGCCCGCCAUGCUGGCCGCAGGCACGUGAACGGCGGCGGUGCGGACGCCUGGGGAGGAACGAAGGCUGGCGGGGAGGGAGGCAGGGAGACGGGAGCCCGGCCGAGGGGGCAGGACUUCCUGUUUUCCCACGUGGAGGGCGGAGCUGAGCAACUGUUCUAUGCCCAAAGCGGGGGGACUUGUGGCAGGUGUGGAGGCGAUCCUCUCUUAGGUGGAAACCUGGAUGCAGUUCCGGACUGUCGCGUUCCCCCUCCUCCCGGAAAUCUUCCUGGAAUACCCCUGCUCCAGAACCCUUAUACUUAGGCAUUCGAUGUCCCUAGUCCCUGAACCGGGGGCGUGGAUGGCAUCCGGGCGCCCUGAGGAGCUAUGGGAAGCCGUGGUGGGGGCAGCCGAGCGCUUUCGGGCACAGACGGGGACGGAGCUGGUGCUGCUGACAGCUGCGCCCCCGCCCCCGCCGCGGCCGGGCCCCUGUGCCUAUGCAGCCCAUGGCCGGGGCGCCUUGGCCGAAGCCGCCAGGCGGUGCUUACAUGACAUCGCCCAGGCCCACCGGGCAGCCGCCGCCAGGCCCCCAGCACCACCUCCUGCGCCGGAGCCCCGCGCCCCCAGCCCCAGGAGUACUCCCCAUCCCCGGAGGCCGGAGGACAAAGAGGACGAGGAAGACGGUAACGAGGACGAGGAAGAGACGGAGACGUCGGGGAGCAGGCUGGGACUGGGCGACAAUGGCGGCCUGUUUGUGAUGGAUGAAGACGCUGCCCACGAGGACCUGCCCCCGUUCUGUGAGUCAGACCCCGAGAGCACCGAUGAUGGGAGCCUGAGCGAGGAGGCGCCCGGCCCCCAGUCGUGCGGGAGCCAGGCACCCCAGCAGUACGCCAAGUCCCUGCCGGUGUCCGUGCCCGUCUGGGGCUUCAAGGACAAAAGGACCGAGCCCAGGUCCUCGGACGAGGAGAACGGACCACAGCCCUCCUCCCCGGAUCUGGAACGCAUCGCGGCCAGCAUGCAGGCGCUGGUCCUGCGCGAGACUGAGGACUCCCAGGUGUUCGGAGACCUGCCCCGGCCCCGCCUCAACACCAGCGACUUCCAGAAGCUGAAGCGGAAAUACUGAGCGGGGAGCUGCCUGCGCCUCUCCCCCCCACCCCCUCCCUACGGCCUUGCCCCUGGCACGCCCGGGCCUGGCCAAUCCCGGGUCCGCUUGCUACCCCACCCUCCCUCCUCCCCUCCCUCCGGGGCUCCCCGUUUUCUGCCUCUUCCCGGGCGUUGGGGGAGAGUAAUGGAAGUGUCCAAUCAAUUCCCUGACUUUCCUCUUCAUUCCGCUCUUCGACGGGCCCUGGCCAAUCCCGGGCUCCCUUCUGCGGGGCAUCCUCUUAGGGGCGGGGACAGGGGCAUCCAAUCAGCUCCUCGGACGGCCGGGGUGUAGCCCUCGGCCAAUCGUAGCCUUAGCUCCUUUGGGCCCUCCCCUUCUCGGAGGAUCCAAUCAACGCCUGAACUGCCAGUGGCUCCGCUAUGCGGGGAUGAGACCGUACUAUUGGGGAAACCCCAACUCGACACUACAGCCGCCCUGUCUUGGUCCUGCCCCACCUGAAGGACGGCCCAAUUACACUAGUACCUAUCUUCUGACGCUACCCAUCCUCCGUUGGCCUGUUCCUGGGAAGGGUUGAGCCGAUCAGCUACCCCUCGCCCUCGGGGCUUGCUAAGCCUCCAUUCCCACACAUGCCUUAAAGGGCCCUCCCCGCCUGCGUGACGGUGGGGAGGGGCUGGGGGAACGCCUGCGAAUAAAGAGUUUGACUUUGA